AUGGAGGUCGCCUCGACAGAGGUGUCCAAUGGUGUGCCCGCGCCGCCCCAGGCGUUGUUCGUUGAUCCCGGUGUUGUGAUUCAGUAUCUGGCGGAGGUGCUGCAGGUGACUUUGGGCGCUCUGAAAACCGAGCUGGAGAGCACUGGCAGCUUGCUAUCGCCGAGCAAGUACAACGACACCGUACAGCGAUGUAUGCGAUUCGCUUCGGAGGCGCAGGUCGCUUUGUAUGUGCAGAAGGAUAUUGUGGCAUCUGAAGAUACUACAGAUGGGACGGAGGAUGGUCAAGCAUCGUCCACCCAGUAUGUGUACAAUCUUUCCGCCGAAAUCUCCUCUGCCUCUACGACUGUCUCGUCGGUUGCGUUCAUUAAACGUCCUGCCCCGAUUGAUCCUACCGUUCCUAUCGCGACGCAGAUCCAGGUGAUGAACCUUCCUGGUCUUGCGUCGCUCAACAAUGCCCAAGCCCAACAGGGCUCUUCCAUGUCGCCGUACGAAAUCCUACACUUGCUAGUACACCACGGGCUGAGUCCCUAUUUCGAGGCCUAUACCCGGAAUCAAGAUGCGGUGACGGGGUCCAAGCCCCGAACGGACACAGAGGCUAAAACUGGAGUUCCUGGCACGAAGAAGAAGUUUGCAGAGUUGGAACUUGGGCUUCUGCAUUUGCAGCAGAAUGUUGAGAUCCCGACUUUGAACCUGCCUCUCCAUGAGGUAGUGCAGGCUGCUUUGGAUGAGGCCGCAGCGCGUGGGCUCCCUAAAGCUACCACGGACCUGAUUGACUCCGCAACGCUUGACAACAGCGGAUUCAUCAACAGCAUCCAGAACACCGUUAACGCUUGGAUUCGGUCUAUCCAAACGAUUACGAAGAUGUCCCGCGAUGCGGACAGCGGCUCGGCAGCCCAAGAGAUCAAUUUCUGGUUGUCCAUGGAGACAGCAUUGGAGGGCAUCGAGAAUCAGCUUCGUCGUGAUGGUGUCCAGCUGACUAUGGAUAUUCUCCGUCAUGCCAAGCGUUACCAAGCGACUCUCAGUUUCUCUGCGGAUACCGGUUUGCGGGAGGCCAUGGACCUAGUCCAGAAGUACAACCAGUUGAUGCGAGACUUCCCGUUGGAUGAGCUUUUGUCCGCCACCACGCUGCAGAAGGUGCAGGAGUCGCUGAAUCUUAUCUUCGGCCAUCUGAACAAGAAGUUGAAGAUCUGUCCGUAUCCGAUUAAGCGAGCGCUUGCCCUUGUUGAGGCCAUCUCAGGUGACCUUGACGCACAGAUUCACAGUCUGCUUCAUGGCCGGACGAUCCUGCACUUGGAUUACCGCGAGUUCCGCUCUUUGAUGAAGACUGCCGGUGCCAUUUGGCGCACCUGGGACGAGAAUCUGAAGGAAUUCACCAGUGUGGCUCGUGAAUCUACCCGUCGUCGCAACGAGAAAUUCAUUCCAAUUAAGAUUACACCUCGCCAUGAGAAGACUCAAGAACGGUUGAAGUACAUCAACACUUUCCGCGUCAACCACGAGCAACUGCAGAGGACUAUCGUCAACGUCUUGGGUCCGAAGAGCUCAUCGUCUGGUGAUGCGACAGCAGCUGGUUCUGAUGAGGCUGUCAUCGUGGAGGAGAUUGGUGAUGUAGACGCCGUGGAGGAGGUUGCACAGGCCUAUGCUGCUCUGAAGAAUGUUGACGUGCUUGACGUCUCUCCUGAAGGCACACAACUCUGGAUCCAAGAAGAAAUCGCUUACAACGAGCGUACCUCCCGUGUUGAGAACUCCAUCAUCGCCCGCCUCCGUGACCGUCUGGCUACCGCAAAGAACGCCAAUGAGAUGUUCCGGGUGUUCUCCAAGUUCAAUGCACUCCUUGUCCGUCCUAAGAUUCGGGGUGCUAUUGGUGAAUACCAGACCCAGCUCAUUGAAAACGUGAAACAGGACAUUUCGGCUUUGCACGAGCGCUUCAAGCAACAAUAUGGUUACUCAGAAGCGCAUGCGAUGUCCCAACUACGUGAUCUCCCACCUGUUUCUGGUGCGAUUAUCUGGGCGCGCCAAAUCGAACGCCAGCUCGAGGGAUACAUGCGGAAGGUCGAGGAUGUCCUUGGUGAAGACUGGCAUCUGCAUUCGGAGGGCCAGAAGCUUCAAGCAGAAAGCAGCUUGUUCCGCAAGAAGCUCGAUACCCGGCAAGUGUUUGACUCCUGGAUGCAUGAUGUCCAAAGGAGACACAUAUCGAUCUCUGGAUAUCUGUUCAACAUCGUCAAGAACCGCGCUGCCGGAAACAGCCUGGAGUUGGCCGUCAAUUUUGACGCUCAGGUUAUUGCUCUGUUCAAGGAAGUUCGCAACCUCACCUGGCUCAACUUCCACGUGCCUCAUGCGGUGAGCAACAUCUCCAAGGUCGCCAAGCGUGUGUAUCCGUAUGCUAUCAGUUUGAUGGAGAGCGUUCGGACGCUGCUGCAGACUAGCCGCUCGAUUGCAUCGAUGGCUGAGGUUGCGAUACUCCUUAAUGGAUACAUCAAUGACACACAGGGCAUGAUUCAGAAGGGUGUCCGCCUGAGGUGGGAAUCACUUGUUCAUUCGUACGAACUUCACCUUAAGGAAUCGGCUCUGGCAAACGGUGCCAUCGACUCUACUCUUGCCACCCGUGGUGAGAGCAAGCACAUCCAGUUCGUCCGCGAGUUCGCAGGUUCCGCCUCCGUGCUGCAGUCCAAGACUGCAGUUUUGGCUUCUAUCAAUGAGAGCAUCCAGAAAGCGAUUCACGAGCUCAAGACCUGCCCGUAUGAGGCGCCUGCAUUCAAGCAACGCUUGGACACUAUUCAGAUGGCUGUCGACAAAUUGAACCUGGAAAACUACGUCAACCUCGGAUACUGGGUUGCGAGCCUCAACCAGAAGAUCGAGGCCAUCCUGUGCGAGCGUCUUACUCGUGCCAUUCGUGAAUGGAUCACUGCAUUCCAGGAAGCAAAGGAUGAGCAGCAGAACACGCAAACUUCCAUUGGUACCCAGUACCCCGCAACAGGCGAUGUCGAAGCGACAGUCUACAAUAUCGAAUUCCCUGAGUUGACGCAUGAGAUCUCUAUGCGGAACCAGGUGCUGCAUCUGGACCCGCCGUUGCAAUAUGCACGGGCGAGCUGGUUCUCGCAAUUCGAUCAUUGGCUGGGCGUCAUUUGUAAUCUGGAGAGGAUCAAGUCUUCCCGGUACCAAAUUUCGAUCGAGUACUGUACCGAUGGCCUCAACCAAGUUUACAGCGCCGUGGAGACCCGUGUGAAGGAGGUAUCCGAGUACGUCGACAAAUGGUUGCAGUUCCAAUCACUUUGGGAUCUGCGCUCUGAGCACGUCUACGAUAUCCUUGGUGAUGACCUUUCCCAAUGGCUGCAGUUGUUGCAGGAGAUUCGCAAGAGCCGUGCCACCUUUGAUACGUCCGAGGUCAGCCGUUCGUUCGGAAAUAUCAAAAUCGACUACGAGCAAGUCCAGACCAGGGUCAACGCCAAAUAUGACCAGUGGCAGCACGAAAUUCUCCUAAAGUUCGGCUCCAAGCUUGGUGGUCGCAUGCGGGAAGUCCACUCGGACAUUGCUUCUGCCCGUCGCGACUUGGAAGGCCAGACGCUGGAGGCAUCCUCUACGGCACACGCCGUGUCUUUUAUCACAAUUGUCCAGCAAUGCAAGCGCAAGGCUAAGGUCUGGGAGCCGGAAGUUGACCUCUUCCGUCAAGGUCAGGCCACGCUCGCCCGCCAGCGUUAUCAAUUUCCCAGCGACUGGCUCCACGUGGAGAACGUUGAUGGCGAAUGGGCAGCUUUGAACGAACUGCUCGCGCGAAAGAGCAAGAUCGUCCAGGACCAGACUGAGGGAUUGCGCGCGAAGAUCGCUGCUGAAGACAAGGUGAUCAGUGACAAGAUCGCGGAAGUGAUCGCCCAGUGGAAUGAAGAAAAACCGAUUUCCGGUACCAUUCCUCCGGACGAGGCUUCUCGCACUCUAAGCAUGUUCCAGACCCGUCUCGAAUCGCUCCAGUCAGAGUUCGAAAUGGUUUCGAGGGCGAAGGAGGCUCUUGACUUGCCUGCCAGCUCCCAGUCCUCUUUGCCGCAAAUCCUGGAAGAAGUUCAGGACUUUAUGUCCGUCUGGGCGGCGUUGUCCACUAUCUGGAAGAGUUUGAAUGACCUCCGCGAAACGCUGUGGACAAGUAUUCAGCCUCGCAAACUUCGUCAAGCCAUCGAUGGUUUGAUCAAGAUGACCAAGGAGAUGCCAAGUCGUAUGCGACAGUAUGCAGCGUUUGAGCACGUUCAGAACGUUCUUCGACAACUGCUUAAGGUUAACCCUCUCCUAUCGGACAUGAAGUCUGAAGCCGUCCGCGAGCGACACUGGCAGAAGAUCUACAAGGCCCUAAAACCUGGCAAGAGAUUCUCGCUUGUCUCCCUUACUCUUGGAGAUGUCUGGGAUCUGAACCUGGUCGCUACCGAGGUCGUCAUUCGCGACAUUAUCGCCCAAGCUCAAGGUGAAAUGGCAUUAGAAGAGUUCCUGAGAUCCGUUCGCGAGACAUGGCAGAAUUACUCCCUUGAUCUUGUCAACUACCAAAACAAGUGCCGUCUUAUCCGUGGCUUCGAUGACCUGUUUGCCAAGUGCAGUGAAAACCUGAACUCUUUGCAAGCCAUGAGACACUCGCCGUACUUCAAGGAGUUCGAGGAGGAGGCUUCGUCUUGGGAGGAUAAGCUGAACCGCGUUCAUGUCUUGUUCGAUGUCUGGAUUGACGUUCAGAGACAAUGGGUCUAUCUCGAGGGGGUUUUCACGGGUAAUGCUGAUAUCAAGCACCUUCUCCCGCUUGAGUCCAGUCGCUUCCAAAAUAUCAACUCCGAAUUCUUCAACGUGAUGAAGAAGGUGUACAAGUCUCCUUACGUUCUUGAUGUCCUUGCUAUCAACGGAGUGCAAAAGUCCCUGGAACGAUUGGCUGAGUUACUGAACAAGAUCCAAAAGGCACUGGGUGAAUACCUGGAGCGUGAACGUGUUUCCUUCCCUCGCUUCUACUUCGUCGGUGAUGAAGACCUGCUGGAAAUCAUCGGUAACAGCAACGACAUUUUCCGUGUGGCCAAACAUUUCAAGAAAAUGUUCGCUGGCCUGUCGGGACUGCUGAUGGACGAUGACAACAACAUUGUCGGUUUCACGUCCAAGGAGGGCGAGGAAGUCCGUUUGAAGAGAGAAGUCAACCUCGUCAAGACUCCCAGAAUCAAUGACUGGCUUAGUGCCCUCGAGAACAACAUGAAAUUGACGCUGGCUGAACUCGUUGCGGAGGCCGUUGAGCAAUUCGACACAAUCUACAACGCUCCCGAGGUCGACCGCACUGCCUUCAACGACUUCCUUGCUAACUACCCGGCUCAGGUAGUUGUUCUUGCCAGUCAGGUUAUCUGGACAGGAGUGGUGCAGAAGGAACUCGAGAACGGCGGCGCUAACCUUGAAGCCCUGUUUGACUCUCAAGUCCGAGUGCUUGAACUGCUUGCAACCACCGUGCUGGGAGACCUGGACACGAUCACAAGAAAGAAGUGCGAGCACAUGAUUACGGAAUUCGUCCACCAGCGAGAUGUCAUCUCAAAACUUAUGCAGUCCAACGCCAACUCACCAAUGCACUACCUCUGGUUGCUCCAGAUGCGCUUCGUCUACCACGCCGAAGGCGACUUCCUCCAGCGCUUGCAUGUUUACAUGGCAAACGCCAAACUCGCUUACGGUUUCGAAUACCUGGGUGUUCCUGAGCGUCUCGUCCGCACCCCUCUCACUGACCGCUGUUUCCUUACGCUUACCCAAGCGUUGUGUCAAAGACUGGGUGGUUCACCUUACGGUCCUGCUGGUACAGGUAAGACUGAAUCUGUUAAGGCUCUCGGUCUCCAACUUGGUCGGUUCACUCUCGUCUUCUGCUGUGACGACACCUUCGAUUUCCAGGCCAUGGGCCGUAUCUUCCUGGGUAUUUGCCAAGUUGGUGCAUGGGGUUGCUUUGAUGAGUUCAACCGUCUCGAGGAACGUAUAUUGUCCGCUGUAUCUCAGCAAAUCCAGAAUAUUCAAAUUGGACUGAAGAAUGGAGAUGUUGACAAAUCCGAAAUCGAGCUCGUUGGCAGACGGCUGUCCGUCAACCAAAACACUGGAAUCUUCAUCACCAUGAACCCUGGAUAUGCAGGCCGUUCCAACCUCCCCGAUAACUUGAAGAAGCUGUUCCGGAGCGUUGCCAUGUCGAAGCCGGACAAGGAACUCAUUGCGGAAGUUAUGCUCUUCUCACAGGGUUUCAAGCAGGCCAAGCCUCUUUCAAAGCAGACGGUCCCCUUCUUCGACCACUGUUCUACCCGUUUGACCAACCAGGCACAUUACGAUUUCGGUUUGCGUGCUUUGAAGAGUGUUUUGGUUAGCUCUGGUGGCCUGAAGCGUACCCGCAUUGCCAAUUCCGAGGGCGAGCUCGGUCCAGAUGAGAUCGUCGAGCCUCAGAUCAUGGUUCAAAGUUUGCGUGAGACCAUUGCGCCCAAGCUGGUGCGUGAAGAUGUUGACACGAUGUUGGAUAUUCAGAAGGAAGACUUUCAGGGUGUCGAAUAUGUGCCAGCCAACUUUGAGAAGCUUACCGCGACCAUCAGGGAGAUCGCCCAGGAGCAGCACUUUGUGGAUAGCGAGAUGUGGAUCACAAAGGCACUGCAACUUUACCAGAUUCAGAGUAUCCACCAUGGUGUUAUGAUGGUCGGAAAGUCGGGCUCUGGUAAAUCGUCCGCGUGGAAGAUCCUCCUCCAAGCAUUGCAGCGCAUUGAAGGAACCGAGGGCGUUUCCCACAUCAUUGACUCGAAGGUCAUGUCCAAGGAAGCACUCUACGGAAACCUUGAUCCUACGACCAGAGAAUGGACGGACGGUCUGUUCACAGGCAUUCUCCGUAAGAUCGUGGAUAACCUUCGUGGCGAGGACUCGAAACGGCACUGGAUUGUGUUCGAUGGUGAUGUCGACCCUGAAUGGGUUGAGAACUUGAACAGUGUUCUUGACGACAACAAGCUCUUGACUCUUCCCAACGGUGAACGUCUUAACCUGCCUCCUAAUGUCCGCAUUAUGUUUGAAGUCGAGACGCUCAAGUACGCUACCCUGGCCACUGUCAGUCGUUGCGGUAUGGUUUGGUUCAACGACGAUACCGUCACUCCCACAAUGAUGAUUUCCAACUACGUCGAGUCGCUUCGCACGAAGACCUUCGAAGACCUGGACGAAGACAGCGCGCCUGCUGGACAAGCUGCGGUCAGAACGCAAGAUGCGCAGGAAAUGCUUUCCAACUUCCUUAAGCACAUGCUGCAGACCGAUGAGCUUGUUCUCAAGAGCUUGCAGGAGGCCAAGAAGUACAACCACAUUAUGGAAUUUACUGAUAUCCGUGCUCUCAACACACUGUUCAGUCUUUUAAACAAGGCCUGCCGGAAUGUCCUCGAGUACAAUGUCCAGCAUGUCGAUUUCCCGUUGGAUCCGGAGCAGAUUGAGUCCUACAUUUCCAAGAAGCUUCUUCUCUCGCUUGUCUGGUCGUUCACUGGUGACUGUCCGUUGGGUGACCGUCAGGACUUUGGUAGAUUCGUAUCUGCGCUCUCGACAGUCGACCUGCCGCCUGAUGGCGAAUCGUCGCUCAUUGACUUCAAUGUGACCUUGCCGAAGUGCGAAUGGACGAGCUGGCAGUCGCAGGUGCCCUCGAUCGAUGUCAACACCCACUCGAUCACUCAAACCGACGUGGUCAUCCCCACUGUGGAUACCGUCCGUCAUGAGGAUGUUCUCUACUCGUGGCUCGCAGAACACAAGCCGUUGCUGCUUUGCGGUCCUCCUGGUUCCGGUAAAACCAUGACUCUGUUCGCUGCUCUCAGAAAGCUUCAGAACAUGGAAGUUGUCGGCCUUAACUUUUCCAGUGCAACCACACCCGACCUCCUGAUCAAGACCUUCGAGCAGUAUUGUGAAUACAAGAAGACGUUGAAUGGUGUUGUUAUGUCUCCGAACCAGAUUGGUCGCUGGCUGGUCAUCUUCUGCGAUGAAAUCAACCUGCCUGCUCCCGACCGAUACGGCACUCAGCGCGCCAUUUCCUUCUUGAGACAGCUUGUUGAGCAGAAUGGUUUCUGGAGGACUUCCGACAAGACCUGGGUCACGCUUGACCGCAUUCAAUUUGUCGGUGCUUGUAACCCUCCCUCCGAUGCUGGACGUACUGCAAUGGGCGAGAGAUUCCUGCGCCAUGCUCCGUUGAUUAUGGUCGAUUACCCUGGUGAGGUCUCGCUUAACCAAAUUUACGGCACUUUCAACUCCGCUGUCCUCAAGAUUCUCCCCUUACUCCGUGGUUACUCUGAGGCUCUUACGAAGGCCAUGGUUCAAUUCUAUCUAGAGUCUCAGACAAGAUUCACGCCCAAGAUUCAACCGCACUACGUGUACUCGCCUCGUGAACUUACUCGAUGGGUCCGUGGUGUUUACGAAGCAAUCAAACCCCUCGAGACUUUGUCUCUCGAAGGCCUGGUUCGGAUCUGGGCGCAUGAGGCUCUGCGUCUCUUUCAGGAUCGUCUCGUCGCAGAAGACGAGAGAAACUGGACCGCCGAUGCUGUUCGCCGUAUUGCAUUGGAACACUUCCCCACAAUCGACGAGGAAGCGGCUCUCAAGGGUCCUAUCUUGUUCUCCAAUUGGCUUUCCAAGAAUUACGCUCCGGUUGAGCAAGAGGAGCUUCGUGAAUUCGUCAAGGCACGUCUCAAGACCUUCUGUGAGGAAGAAGUUGAUGUUCCUCUUGUGCUGUUCAACGAUGUUCUUGAGCACGCUCUGCGCAUUGACCGGGUGUUCCGACAGCCCCAGGGUCACUUGAUUCUGAUUGGUGUUAGUGGAAGUGGUAAGACUACGCUGUCUCGCUUCGUUGCCUGGAUGAAUGGUUUGAAGGUGUUCCAGAUCAAGGUCCAUGGCAAGUACUCUUCGGAAGACUUCGACGAUGAUUUACGGAACGUCCUCCGUCGCGCCGGUUGUAAGGGUGAAAAGAUCUGUUUCGUCAUGGACGAAGGAAACGUUCUCGACUCUGGUUUCCUUGAGCGCAUGAACACUCUCCUUGCCAACGCAGAGGUCCCCGGCCUGUUCGAAGGCGAUGAGUUCUCUUCGUUGAUGACCGCCUGUAAGGAAGGUGCCCAGCGCCAGGGUCUGCUGCUCGACUCCCAGGAGGAACUGUACAGAUGGUUCACCCAGCAAAUUAUCAAAAAUCUUCACGUCGUUUUCACGAUGAAUCCUCCUGAAGAAGGCCUGUCCUCGAAGGCCGCUACCAGUCCUGCGCUGUUUAACCGCUGUGUUCUCAACUGGAUGGGCGAUUGGUCUGAUCAAGCUCUCUUCCAAGUCGGCUCUGAACUCACGCAGGUUGUCGAUCUGGACAAGCCCAACUUCGUCGCACCGGACAGUAUCCCUGUCGCUUAUCGUGAACUUAGCCUGCCUGCAUCCCACAGAGACGCGGUUGUCAACUCGAUGGUCUACAUCCACUACUCGCUGCAGAAAUUCAACAAGCGCUUGCAGAAGCAGCAAGGCAGGACUACGUUCCUCACGCCCCGUCACUAUCUCGAUUUCGUUGCUCAGUAUGUUAAGCUCUUCAACGAAAAGCGUGAGGACCUCGAAGAACAGCAGAGACACUUGAACGUUGGUCUGGAAAAGCUGCGGGACACCGUUGACAAGGUGACCGAUCUCCGCGCCAGUCUUGCCGAGAAGAAAUCGCAACUUGAGAAGAAGGAUACGGAGGCCAACGAGAAGUUGAAGCACAUGGUUGCAGAUCAGAAGGAGGCAGAACAGCGACAGGCCGCGUCCCUGGAAGUUCAAAAAGCCCUCGAGGUACAGGAGAAGGAAGUGGCCGAGCGAAAGGAAGUGGUCCUACAUGAUCUCGCCAGGGCCGAGCCUGCUGUUUUGGAGGCCCAGAAGAGUGUCAGCAACAUCAAGCGUCAACACCUGACUGAAGUUCGUUCGAUGGGUAGCCCACCAGCUAGUGUUCGACUUGCCCUGGAAGCUGUGUGCACUCUGCUUGGUCACAAGGUCGACAGCUGGAAGACCAUUCAGGGUAUCGCCAGAAGGGAUGAUUUCAUUGCCAGCAUUGUCAACUACGACAACGAACGGCAAAUGACACGCGGGCACAGAACCAAGAUGCAGAACGAGUAUCUGUCCAAGGAGGACUUUACGCUUGAGAGAGUCACCCGUGCAAGCAAGGCUUGUGGUCCCCUGGUGCAAUGGGUCGAAGCGCAGGUCAACUACUCUGCGAUUUUGGACCGUGUUGGUCCGCUGCGUGAUGAGGUCGGCCACCUUGAAGAAAAGGCCUUGCAGACAAAGGCGGAAGCUCAGGCAAUUGAGAACACCAUCCAGGACCUCGAGCGCAGCAUUGGUACUUACAAGGACGAGUAUGCCGCGCUUAUCAGCGAAACUCAGAAGAUCAAGGCCGAGAUGUCCAGUGUGCAGUUCAAGGUCGACAGAAGUGUGCGCUUGCUCGAGAGUUUGUCGUCUGAGCGUGUCCGUUGGGAGGAGGGAAGCAGGUCGUUUGAAACGCAGAUCAGCACCCUUGUUGGUGACACUCUCAUGGCUGCAGCUUUUUUGGCUUACGCCGGCUUCUAUGACCAACAAUUCCGUAAGGCGAUGAUCGAUGACUGGGCUCAACAAUUGUCACAAUCUGGAGUCAGCUUCAAGCCGCAUAACCCGAUUACGGAGUACCUUUCCAAUGCUGACGAGCGUCUGACCUGGCAAGAUCACUCACUUCCAGUCGACGACCUGUGCACGGAGAACGCCAUUGUUCUCAAGCGGUUUAACAGAUACCCUCUCAUUAUCGACCCUUCAGGCCGUGUCACCGAGUUCUUGCAGAAGGAAAGCACCCAACGCAAGCUUACUGUUACCAGUUUCCUGGACGACUCGUUCGUCAAGCAAUUGGAAAGUGCUCUCCGUUUCGGUAACCCGAUUCUCAUUCAAGACGCUGAGCAUCUGGACCCGAUCCUCAACCACGUCCUCAACAAGGAAUACCAAAAGACCGGUGGUCGUGUCUUGAUCCAGCUUGGCAAGCAAGAGAUUGAUUUCUCGCCUUCGUUCAGACUGUUCCUCUCAACCAGAGACCCCUCUGCAUCAUUCCCGCCGGACGUGUGCAGUAGAACCACCUUUGUCAACUUCACUGUCACGCAAAGCAGUUUGCAGACGCAGUCACUUAACGAGGUGCUCAAGUUUGAGCGACCUGAUGUGGACGAACGACGCACGAACCUAGUCAAGAUGCAGGGAGAGUUCAAGGUCCAUCUCCGGCAGUUGGAGAAACGCCUCUUGCAGGCCCUGAAUGAAUCUCGCGGCAACAUCCUCGACGACGACAACGUCAUCGAAACCCUCGAAACACUCAAGAAGGAGGCAGGCGAGAUUUCCAGGAAGAUGGUCGAAACCGAAGGUGUCAUGACGGAAGUGGAGAAUGUCACGCUUAACUACAGCAUCAUCGCCCGAUCUUGCAGUGCUGUGUUUGCGGUGCUGGAGCAGCUUCACCACAUCAACCAUUUCUACCAGUUCUCCCUCCAGUACUUCGUCGACAUCUUCAACGCUGUCCUGUAUCAAAACAAGCAGCUCGCACAAGAAAAGGAGCAUACGGCUCGUGUGCAAAUCAUCCUGCGGAGUCUUUUCGUGACAACCUACCAGCGUACUUCGCUGGGACUGGCUCAUAAGGACCGUAUCACGCUGGCUAUGCUUCUCGCCCAGGCUGCGCCGUACCCCAUGGAUAAGGGUAUCAUCGACACCAUACUGGACGAAUCAGUCGAGGCCGCAGACCUGUCCUCAACCCCGGAGAACCGCGACAAGGUCGUGGAGAAAAUUGCCAACAUGUCUCUCUUUAAGGCAGACUUCCCGUCCGUAUCCGCAGAGCAAUGGGACCGUUUCCUCAGUGAGGAGCUUGCAGAGAAUGCAGUUCCUGUCAUCUGGGAGGAGAAGGCUCCGCAGCUCGAUCAGUUGCUUCGGUCCUUGCUUCUUGUCAAGCUGUGCAGAAUGGACCGGUUCGUUCCCAGUGCGGAACGAUUCAUCGGAGCUGUCUUUGGCCGUGAACUCUUCGAGGGAAGUAGUGACUUGAAGGACGUCGUAGACCAAGUCACAGCAAGGACGCCAAUCUCUCUCAGCUCCAGUCCUGGAUUUGAUGCUAGUUACAAGGUCGAUGCCCUGGUCGAACGUACAGGAGCCAGAUGCGCGAACAUCGCGAUGGGUUCCAACGAAGGUCUCGAAAGCGCCGACAAGGCCAUCAGCAACGCGGCUGCAUCCGGAAACUGGGUUCUGGUCAAGAACGUGCACCUGGCGCCGUCAUGGCUCCAGAGUCUCGAGAAGAGACUCGAUACCCUUAAGCCGCACAAGAACUUCAGGCUCUUCCUUUCGAUGGAAUCCAGUCCCAAGAUCCCGGUCAACCUUAUUCGCGCUUCUCGUGUGCUCAUGUACGAGCAGCCGGCUGGUAUCCGUGCCAAUAUGAAGGACUCGUUGUCUACGUUGUCCUUGAGAGCUAGCAAGCCUCCUGUUGAGAAGGCUCGUGUCUACCUCUUGCUGUGCUUCUUGCACGCGGUUCUCCAGGAACGUCUUCGCUACGCGCCUAGCCUUGGUUGGAAGGGUUUUUGGGAGUUCAACGAUAGUGAUUACGAAUGCUCCGCAUUCAUCAUCGACCAUUGGAUCGAAACUAUCGCCCAAGGCCGCUCCAACGUCGCACCCCAGAAGCUCCCCUGGGACAUGAUCCGCACCCUCGUCACAGAAACCUACGGCGGUAAAAUCGACGACCAAGGCGACUUCCAGCAACUCGAGAGCCUCGUGAAUAACUUCCUCACGCCAGCCGCCUUCGAAGAGGACUACAACAUUGUCUCUGGUGUGCAGGAACAGGGCGAUUCUCUUAUUCUGCCUGGUGAAACUGGUAUCCGUGACUUUAUGGAAUGGGUCAACCAACUUCCCGAGAGAGAGCCGCCGACAUACCUUGGUUUGCCAGCGAAUGCGGAGAAGUUGUUGCUUGUGGGACAUGGUAGGACGGUGAUUGAUGAUCUGGCGAGAGUUACGACUUUGUUGGAUGAGGGGGAGCAGUUAAUGAUUGAUGCUUAG